AUGCGCGGCACUAACCGUGUGUUCUUUAAUUCGGACAGCACGAUCCGUCCUCUCACCGCGCUCGAGACUGAACAGAAAGUGAGCAAUCAGAAAACUACUUUAAACACGGUGGAUGAAUUAAAGCAGCAGUUGGACCUCUCCAACCUUCGUGUGAUUGCAGCAGUUGGGCUGGAGGAGCUCAUGCUAGUGACGCUCCCUAUAUUGGUGCUCACUGCCACUAUGUUAGAGAAAAGUGGGCAUCACGAGCGCGCGGUUGGGUUUGUUCAUCUGAUGGAAAACAGCGCUAAUAUGAUGUAUGGGAUGAACUCACCUGAGCACGAUUUUUUGGUCUCGUUGCGUAAUUUAUGCACUGUUAAGUUGUAG